AUGGCGAAAGGCGCGAAACCAGAGCAAAAUCAUGCCUCAGACGAGGAAAUGCCCUCCGUCGAGGAGAACCUCUACAAGAUUCUCGGUGUAGAAUCAGAAGCAACCCCAGAAGGGAUUAAGAGCGCAUACAAGAAGAGUGCAUUGAAGAACCACCCCGACAAGGUCAGCGAAGAAGCGCGCGAAGAAGCCAACGCAAAUUUCCAGCGUAUCGCACUGGCAUACGGUGUUCUUUCCGAUCCACGUCGACGAAACAUAUACGACCGCACGGGCAGCACAGACGAAGCCUUCGGCGAAGAUGGCGACUUCAACUGGAUGGACUUCUACCGCGAGCAGCUAUCGGCUAUGCUUGACAAACGUGCGAUCUCGGACUUUCAAAAGAAAUACCAAAACUCGGACGAGGAAAAGAAGGAUCUGCUUACUGCGUAUGCCACGCACGAGGGAGAUAUGGAUGCGAUCUACGAGACGGUCAUGCUGUCCAAUGUUCUUGACGAUGACGAGCGGUUCCGUGCCAUCAUAAACCAGGCUAUUGCGGAUGAGGAAGUGGAAGACUUUGAGACCUAUUCGCAUGAGCCUGAGGCGAAAAAGAAGCUGCGGGUAAAGAAGGCUCAGAAGGAGGCCAAGGAGGCGGAGAAGUUGGCGAAGAAGAUUGAGAAUAAGAAGAAGGACGCGGCAAAGGGGGCUAAGAGCUCUGGGGGUAGUCUGGAUGAUCUUCAAGCUUUGAUUACCAAACGUCAGCAGGAUCGUGGUGCUGGGUUUUUGGCUCGUCUGGAGGAUAAGUAUGCGCAACCUAAUGGGAAGAAACGUGGUAUUGAGGAUGAGCCUUCAGAGGAAGCCUUUGCUGCUGUUGGUGCCCGGAAACAAUCCAAGGAGGGGCAAAGCCCAAGUCGAAGAGGUCCAAGGCUUGAACUGGUCUUGCUUUUUUAUUGUUCUGCAUCAUGUCUCGGCGUUGAUCUUUGUUAG